AGCUUGCAGAAUUGGUAAUUCAUCUUUAGCGCUCCAUCAGCCCCUAAACCUUAACAUAAUCGGUUUUUCUCUGCGUUUCUUCCUCUUCUUUCUGUUUUCCUUCAUUUGCCGAGUGGGUUUUCUGAAUCUUUGAUUUUUAUUCUAGUUCCUUUUUUGAAUUUGUAUCCUAGAAGGAGGGUUUUGGAGUUUUGAGUUCCUUCGAUCUUCUACUGGCUUAAAGAGGGAAUUAGACCAAACGAGUUCGAAAACCAUGGGUUCGGAACAGAACGAUGGCACAAGCUACCAGCCAUCGGAGCCGAAGCUCUGCGCGAACAACUGCGGCUUCUUUGGUUCGGCUGGUACUGAGAAUCUCUGCUCGAAGUGUUACAGAGACUCUCGAAUCAAAGAAGAGCAAGCGGCUUCGGCCAAAGCAGCGAUGGAGAAAUCCCUUCAGUCCAAAAUUUUAAAGCCGGCAGAAGGUAAUUCUCCAGUUGUGUUUUCCGAUUCACCAGUGGAUUCAGCUUCACCAUCAUCGUCCACUGGAAUUUCCCUCGGCAGUUCCAACAAAUCUCCAUCACCGGAUGUUCCAAACCGGUGCCGGAGCUGCAAUAAGAAGGUGGGAUUGAUGGGGUUCAAGUGUAAGUGCGAGCUAACCUUCUGUGGACUUCACCGGUACCCAGAGAAACACAACUGUUGUUACGACUUCAAAAGUAUUGGGCGGGAGGAGAUCGCCACAGCCAAUCCCGUAGUGAAGGCCGACAAGGUUGAAAGGUUCUGAGUUCUGAGAAGGGUUUGGGUAGGAAUUUGGUAAAUUCUUAGUGGGUUUGUUGGUCUGAUUGGUCGUCUUUGUUCUUCUUUUUUGUCUCUGUUUAUUUGGGUUGGGGUUUAUUUUGAUGGUGGGGAAAGCUCUUAUGCUUGGUUUGCUUGGAAGUUAGCAACUAUGGGUGAAUAAUGCAAGUUUGAUUCCUUUUGAUUCUGGUUUUCCUUUUCGUUUACUCCAGUGUUUGUAAAGAUUAGGCAUUCAGUGGUUUUAUGAAUUUGAAAUUUGAAGAUGAACACAAAAACAACCAUUCUUCA